GGAAUUAACCUGGGAAACGGUGCGGGCAACUAAGGCAGGGGCUGCCACCCCAAACUCUGCUGGGGCAUUGAUUUCAGGUUUUUUCUAAAUUUCCAGGGGGAAUAUUUUCUUUCCUCCUGGAGCAGAGGCUGUCCAAAGCCAAGCAUGCCGCGGGGACGGGGCAUCAGCGUCCCGCUCACAUCAGCCCUUGAGUUCCCGGAGGCGGCUUGGAGUUCUCACCCGCGGCUCCUCGCUUUCCUCCGAUAUUGCCCCGGGGUGCCCAAACGAAAUCCCUUCCCCUCCUUCUUGUAUUGCCGCCAGGUGAGCAGCACGGGUCAGUACCGGGACUGUCUUCUCCGUGACGUGUCCCUGAGCUCGCGACAGAAGCUACCCCGGCCAGGAACCGCGCUGCCAGCAGCAGCAAAGAAACAAAACACCGAUCAUGUCACGCUCUGCCCUUAUGCCGUUAGCUGCAGGAACAUAUGCUCAAAUAUGUAAGAGUAGUCUAGAUUUUUCUCUGCAAAUAUUUUUACCACAUCCAAAGAUAAUAUUUCAACAGAAGAAUCAAGCCCCGCAGGCUACAGACAGGGCAGCUAUAUAUAACCCGCUUGCUCACUCCGGCUCUCCGCGCAUCGCUCGGGUUAUGCAACCCCCAUCGCGACGGUAGCCACCGGCGCGCCCCACAGCUCCGCCCGCCCCGUCGGGGCAAUUCCCCAGGACCUCGGUGCAGCUACCCGCCCAGAGGGACCAGCACCAGGGCGCGGACCGAGACUGGUACUGGUACCCGGGCUGGGCCGGACCCGGCGGGGCGGGCGCGUCGCCUUGCCCCGCGCCGAUGCGAAAGAAGGGCCCGGGGAACGCUGCGUCGCUCCGAGGGGCCGGGAGCGGGCGGUGAGUAGCGCCUCGUCCUCUCCGGGGCAGGGACGGGAACCGGGCGCGGCUCCCGGCCCAGCCGGGCCGUGCAGGUGCUGCCGACGAAGCGGCCUCUCACGCUGGGCUAAGCAGGAGCUCGCCUGCCGCCUCGUUAGUUGCUUUCCGUUUUCUCCGCUUUUUGGUUUUUUUUAUUGGCGAAGGAAAUGCUGGAAUGCUGGCGGGCGCUUUGGGAGUUUGGUGGCCCAGGGCUAGGCGGGGGUCCCAUCCGAGCGAAGUGGCCGGUAGUACCUGCACUCGCUGCUCACCCUGACGUGCCCAGACCCCGCCUGUUGAGGCGACUCAGACUGCGGGUCCCUACGGCUACCGAGCCCCGAGGGUCGCCCGCAGCCCCGAAGUGCAUGCGAGCUGGAGGAAAAGAGCUAUCCCUUCUCUCGGUGCCGGACAUCCGCAGCGUGACGCCGGGCUCGGCUCGGCUCAGCUCGGCUCUUCCCUUCCCGUCGGCCGGCUCCCGGCGCCGUGAUUGACACCGCCGGCCCCUCCGCCCGCCCCGCAGCACAUCCCAUCCUUCCCCGGCGGCCGCUUGCCGUGCCCGGGAGGCGGGGAAGGGCCUCCCCAGCCCUUUGACACCGUCUCGGCAGGAGUUUCACUUCGCUUUCGCCGCCGUCGCCGCCACUUCUGCAGGCAAACACCCUCGGCUUCCAUGUGACGCCUCCCAGCCACUGAAUGGGGAAAGCGCCUAUAAGGGAGACACUUUCCCUUCGUGCAGGAGAAAAGGAGGGGACGAGGGGGGCAGAAGCAGGAGGUGGUGGUUGAGGGAAAGGGAAGACAGAAAAUGAAUUAAUAAAUCGUAGGGAACGAAUUGGGGAGGGGUAGGGUGGUGAGAAAUGGACACCCCGAGAAAGAAAUUCGUGGGAUUAUUUAUUUGUUGCCCCCCGGUCCCGUCUCGCUGACAGAGCUCGGUCCACCGUUGCGGUGCUCGGCGCUAGCUACAAAAAGACCCGGUAAAGUUUCUUGCUCCCCAACGCCCUUCCCGGGGGGGCGAGGGUUUAGGUUGUUUUCUGUUGGAUUUAUUUUUUUUUUAAGUUUCCCUUCCCCACGCCUCCCCCCCCGUCUGGAAGGAGGGGGUCUCGUUCGCACCUCCCUGGAUGGUGCGGUAGAAAGGAGGGGAGUAAGGGGGUGGGAGGGGGGGGGCUCGUGGUGGGAGGCUGCCGCGCCUGCUGCUCCUGCAUUGGUGUCUCCCCUAUGGACGAAAACAGCCCUCUGUCUCCCAAGGCAAAUGCUUUCAGUAUCGCCUCUCUGAUUUCAGUCGCCGCCGCCGAGCAAGCAGGGAAAGGAGAGCUGGAGGAGCGCCGCGGCGGCCGCAGCGCGCCCGCCCGCCCCGGCUGCCGCCCUCAGAAGAUGCACUUCAGCACCGUCACCAGGGACAUGGAAGCUAUCUCCAGCCCCUGGCUCACCCAGCUGUCCCAUUUUUGCGAUGUUGCAGCUUUCACGGCCAACAGCCUGAGCAGCCUGAACGCCUCCGGGGGGUACCACCUCUCCCCCUCCCCGGGGGACCCGUACGGACAGCAUGAGCCGCCGCACUACGAGCCCUGCACGGCUCAGCAGCACCCGCACCCGCCGCCCCAGCCCCAGCACGGCUACCCUUUCAGCGGGGCGGCGGCGGCCGCGGCCGGGACAAACCCGCCGCCCCCAGGCCCCGAGCAGCCCGAGGGCGCCGGUGGAGCCGCUACGGGGCCGGCCGCAGUCUCGGGCUGCUCUGCGGGGGCGGCCGCAGCGGCCAAGGCGCCGGUGAAGAAGAACCCGAAGGUGGCCAACGUGAGCGUCCAACUAGAGAUGAAGGCGUUGUGGGACGAGUUCAAUCAGCUGGGCACCGAGAUGAUCGUCACCAAAGCAGGCAGGCGCAUGUUCCCCACCUUCCAGGUGAAGAUAUUUGGGAUGGACCCUAUGGCUGACUACAUGCUCCUCAUGGAUUUCGUCCCGGUGGAUGACAAGAGAUACCGGUACGCCUUCCACAGUUCCUCCUGGCUGGUGGCUGGCAAAGCCGACCCCGCCACCCCCGGGAGAGUCCAUUACCACCCGGACUCCCCGGCCAAAGGGGCGCAGUGGAUGAAGCAGAUCGUUUCCUUCGAUAAACUCAAACUGACCAACAAUUUGCUGGAUGACAACGGGCAUAUCAUUUUGAACUCCAUGCACAGAUACCAGCCGCGUUUUCACGUGGUCUACGUGGACCCCCGGAAAGACAGCGAGAAGUACGCGGAGGAGAACUUCAAAACUUUCGUCUUCGAGGAGACGCGCUUCACGGCAGUGACCGCCUACCAGAACCACCGGAUCACGCAGUUGAAGAUUGCAAGCAACCCUUUUGCCAAGGGAUUCAGAGACUGUGACCCUGAGGACUGGCCCAGGAACCACAGGCCAGGGCCUCUUCCGCUCAUGAGCGCUUUUGCCAGAUCCCGGAAUCCAGUCUCUUCCCCAGCCCACCAGAAUGGGACAGAGAAAGAUGCUGCCGAGAGCCGGCGGGAGUUCGAGCGGGAGGCAGGCGGGACGGCGCUGCACCAGGCCGAGGCCGCGCACCAGCAGCUCAUGUCCCGCGUGCUCAGCCCGGCGCUGCCGGGCGGAGGCGGCGGGCUGGUGCCGCUGGCCGGGGCGGGCGGCGGCCGGCCCAGCCCGCCGCACCACGAACUGCGCCUGGAGCCCGCCGCGUCGGAGCCACUGCACCACCAUCCCUACAAGUACCCGCCGGCGGCGGCCGCCGCCUACGACCACUACCUGGGGGCGAAGAGCCGGCCCGCCCCCUACCCCCUCCCCAGCAUCCGCGGGCACAGCUACCACCACCAUCAUCACCACCACAUGAACGCGGCGGCUGCGGCGGCGGCGGCCGCCAACAUGUACUCGCCGGCCGGAGCACCCGCCGGCUACGACUACGGGCCCCGGUAACGGGGCACCGGCGGCACGAGAGACACCGCCCUCCCCCUUCCCGCCUUUCCCCCACCUCCCGCCUUACGAGUGAGCUGAUUGGCCAGCUUGACCUGAUCGACAGCCAGACAGCCCAAUCGCCGGCAGCCGGGCCCCGCUCCGCGCCCCGCCCUGUGGGGGCUGUGAGGGCGGCUGUGCCGGGAGCUCCAUCGCGGUGUGACCCGCGGCUGCACUUUGAUAAAUGAAGCCAUAUGUCCUUAUCUCUCUGUUCUCCUGCGCCUCCGUUCGUGCCGGGCACCGAGGACCGUCGGGCGGCUGGGAUGCUGUGGGAGGACGGUGAGGCGGCAGCGGUGAAGUGACUUGUCCCCUCUCACUCGCCCGCCUGGUCUUCUGAUGGAGGUUUGGUGUUAGCGCCGGUGUUGGCGGUGCCCACGGGGCCUGUACGUGAGCACCGAGCAGGGGCUCUGGGGCCGGCCGUGAGCCGUGCGUCGUCCUGCACUUGUCGGUGUCAGUCUUUCCCAACCCGGGGCACACCGGGGGCUGCUUCACACGUGGCUCAGGUGGUUCUUUGAGGAAAUUCUUGGGGAAGCAGAGUUUAGUUUAAGAGAGUGCUUUGAAUCCUCACUGCCAGAACAAAUUUCCCACUUCUCCGGCCCUGACCCAUUUUUAAGUUUUGGGGUUCACUGGUAUGCCUUACCCAUAGCAGCAUUUUCUGGAGCUGUUGAGAAGGGCCUAUGGCAAAGAGCACAGACACGUGCAGCUGUGUUUUCCCAACGAUACCUGCAAAGUUUUAAAAAGCAGCCUGAGGGGUGGGGGAAUAUCUGCAGAUUUCAGGCUGUGUGUAUCCCACCCACUUCCCAGGCAGGCUCACACAGUUCUGCCUUCCUGCAUCCUUUCCUGAGCUCUUGAAUACUCUCUCAUGGAGGUGCCUUUUAAAGGGACUUCAGGGUUUUUUUCUGACUAGUUCACCCCUUAUAUUUGGCUGACCCAAACUGCAAUAGUUCUAAAGCAUCUAUUCUGCAUUUCCUGCUUGCUGCAUCUUCCCUCUUAAUGCUGGUAAGUACUUUUUCCUUUAGUGUCUUCAUUCAGUAGUCAUUCCUUCCUGCUGAAAAGAUGGCCCUUUUCAUCAGAGUUCUCCAGUGAUGUGUUUUGAAUAGUUGGCUUGUGUUUUUGUCAGAUUCUCACCGAAGGCAGUCCCUUUGUGUUCAGAGAAGGUAUUGAGCAGCUCCUCAGCUGUGUUGGUAUACAGUAUUAUGAACACUUUCCUGAUUCUUCCACAUGACUCAAUUAAAAGAUGGAGGCUAUUUCUUUUAAAGUUAUCUAUUCGUCCAUGUUUGUGCAUUUUCAUUACAAACUCUUUAAAACAUGUUCUUUCCCUUGUGCAGGUGGCAGUGUUAAUAGCAAUGUUUAUUUUGUCUCUGGCAGUGGGCUUUGGGCUUCCAGAACCUUUUUGGAAAGGUUUAAGAAGGGAUACAGGCUACCAUGAAUAUUUUAUGGUUUUUUUUCUGUUAAAAAAAUAUAUCUGGAUCCAUAAAAAAAGACUUGUGCAAGAAAUAUGUAUUUUAUUUGACAUUUGCAGUGAAUUGUGAGAUUCUUAAUGUCUGACUAAAGCAUAAUGUUCUCAGAAAGGUUGAUGUAAAAUGGCCUUGUGCUUAUUAUUAGUCAGUGGGAAAUGGCUCUCGGAUGUGCUCUAUUGCUAUUGCUUUGCCGCUUUCAGAGUUUUCAGUAUGAUUUGUUAUCUGUAAACUGAUUAGUGCCAAAGCUUUGGUCAAAUGUUUAAUGAAGUUGUUAUAUUUAUUAUUUCCUUCAAAGAUUAUACAAACCCUUUUUUUUCUUGAUAGUUUCAGUGUAGGAAAAAAAGUGAAGACAACCAAAGAAUCAUAUCUGCAAAAUGUAGAUACAUGUAGAUAUUUGUAGAUAUAUGUAGAUAAUCUUAUUUCAUUUCAAUUGAAAAGAUAUUGGACAGUGACAUUUAUAAAUAUUUUUCCUCUUCUUUCUUUCCUUUA